AUCGAACCGAAUCUAAAUUCCCAACCCUCGUUGCCACAAAAGCCUUUUAAAUGCCCCGCCUCGCUCACAUGAGUCGGCGCCUCCCGUUGCGAUCGUUGGUCGCUCCACCGGAGCUCCUCGCCCUCGGUUUCUUGAAUCGCAACCCUAACCCUAAUUACUAUUCUUCCGAUCGCCUGCCGGCGUGCUACUCGUCUUUAUGGCGUCCUCUUCCCCCUCUGGGAGCGAUGGCGGCGAUGCCUUCGACGCGGAUAUGGAGGCCCUGCGGCGAGCCUGCGCGCUCACUGGCGCCGACCCUGCCGACGUAGGUGGUGCCUACUUGGAUUCUGACUCUGAUUCCGGAAGCGACGAUGCAGGCCUCCUUCGUCGUCUGCAGGAACGGUUCUCUUCGCCCUCCCAAGCCGUCGAUUCCUUUUCCUUGGUCAAGCCCCUGUCUGUUCUCGCGCCGAUGGAUCUUGAUGAUGAGGAUGAUUUCGAAACCCUUCGAGCCAUCCAGCGGAGAUUUACUCAGUACAAUAGCGAUCCUCUGAGAGAGAAACCUGAGAAAAUUCUAGAAGAACCUGAGAUGGUUGUCAAUGAUGAUGUAUGUGGGCCAGAAACACCUAAUAGAUCUACAGAAUUGAGCAAAGAGCAUGGCUACAGUCACACUGAACCACACUUUCCAGAGCAUGAAGCAUGGAGUUCAAAUGUUACGGAUUUGACAUCUUCUAAGUUUCCCAAGUCUGCUCACAAUUUUGUUAAUGCUCUCAAGAAGAACAGAUCAUGUCAGAAGUUCAUUAGGAGGAAGCUACUAGAAAUUGAAGCAAAUAUUGAGAAGAAUAAAGAACUGAAGGAACGUAUUAAAUGUCUUAUGGACUUUCAAGUUGCCUGUAAAAGGAAAGUGGCAAAUAUUUUAUUUCAAAAGAAGGAUCCUCGUAUCACGUUAAUAUCUUUGAAGAGGUCCACAUCUGAAAAGUCAUCAAAGACGACUUUGAAGAAGGUUCCUGCCUCAUAUAUUGGUCCAAAUGAGAACUCCCAUGUUUCAAAGUAUAAAAUGGUACUUAAAAGAUUUCCCAUCUCACUUAGUAAGCAGCCAUGGUCAAACAUCGAGAAAGAGAAUCUUGUGAAGGGAAUAAAGCAACAGUACCAAGAGAUGCUGAUUUUGAACUCAAUGAAUAUGGAAAGUGACGCAGAGGGCAUCACAGAUUCAAAUUUAAUGUCUUCUGCAAUAACACUCAGUGAUCCUGAGUUCACACCUGAAAAAAUUAGAUCUUUCAUACCAUUAGUAAAUUGGAAUCGGUUGGCUUCAAUGUAUGCCAUGGGCCGUGCUGGUGCAGAAUGUGAAGCAAGGUGGUUGAACUGUGAAGAUCCCAUGAUUAAUCACAGUCCUUGGACAGUAAUGGAGGAUAAGAAGCUUUUGUUUAUCGUUCAAGAAAGGGGCAUUUACAAUUGGAUAGAUAUUUCAAUCACAUUGGAUACACAUAGAACACCAUUCCAAUGCUUAGUACGUUACCAACGGAGCCUUAAUCCUCAUAUUCUGAAUAAGGACUGGACAGAAGAUGAAGAUGUAAAGCUUCGUGUGGCUGUGGAGUACUAUGGCGAUAACUGGCAGAUGGUCGCUUCUUGUCUAGAAGGCCGUGUAGGUCCUCAGUGUUCUAAUAGGUGGAACAAAACUCUUAACCCUGAGAGGAAGAAAGUGGGAAGAUGGUCUGUGGACGAAGAUAAACGGCUGAAAGUAGCAGUGAUGCUUUUUGGGGCCAAAAACUGGAACAAGAUAGCUCGGUUUGCCCCUGGUCGCACACAAGUUCAGUGUCGAGAAAGGUGGCAUAACUGUUUGGAUCCAACUCUAAAUUUAAAACCGUGGACUGCAGAAGAGGAUGCCAAGCUGUUGGAUGCAAGAGCGAUGCAUGGAAAUUGUUGGUCGAAAAUUGCUGCCUGCAUACCUCCACGUACUGAUAACCAAUGUAGGAGACGAUGGAAGAUUCUGCUUCCAGGAGAAUUGAUUUCGCUUCAAGCUGCAGCACAGAUAAAGAAGACUGCACUUAUAUCUAACUUUGUAGACCGAGAAAGUGAGCGACCAGCAAUAGGUCCAAAUGACUUUACACCACUCAUUAAUUCUAAUACUAUGUUUGACAAAAUUGGUGGUGCAAAAGUUAGGAAGAAAAAGCAAAGUGAGAAUCAACCAAAUAAGUCCAGAAAGAAGCCCAGAAGAGUUUCAAUGGAGGAUCAGGAGACAAAUUGUUGCACUGAUGGCCUGGCUCUUCCACCAAGCAUAGAAUCAAAUCCUACCAGUAGUCUGGGCAUUAGCAGGUCAGGGAAUAAAAGAUUGAGGGAUAAUAAUAGACCAAGAAAUCCAAGAGUUAAAUCCAGAAUACAUGUUAAGGAGAAUUCAACAAAGGAUUGCAUGACAAACACACCAUCUGUUGUAGCUCCAGCAGAUAUGUCACUUGUAGUUGCUAUAAAUUCGAAAGCUACAGAAAGUAUGAACAUCAGCAAGGCAAUGGAUAAAAGGUUGAGUAAAAAUGAACAGAACAUGUGGAUCAAGUCCAGAUUUCCUAUUGAGGAGAAUUCAACAGCAGAUGGCCUAGCAAAAUUUUCAGUUGAUAUAGCUUCUGAUGAUUCACCCCUUGCCUUAUAUAUGAAUAACACUUCCGCUAGGAACUUCAGAAGGCAAAGGAAUAUAGCAAGAGUUAAUACAUUAAAAAGCCAGGGGUUAGAUCCAGAAGCUCAUUUCAUGAAAAUUCUGUAGCAGAUGGCACACUGAAUUAUUCAGCUGAAGUAGUUAAUGCUGAUUAUUUCUCUACCCCUGUGAUUUUGUAUAAUUCUGAGAAUGAUUAUAUAGAAGGAAUAAGGAAGAAAGAUUCAAGGCUUAUGGAUGAUAAUUAGCCGCAGAUGUCUAAAGCUGAAGCAGAAAGAUCUCUUGAGGAAAAUCUUACAGCACUUGGCAUGGUCAAUGCUUCUACUGAACCUGUUCCUUCUGAUGUACAUUUAUCACCAAGUACAGAGGCUAAUACUC